AUGUUUAAAAGAAAAACUUUUACGUUGGAGGAGAAAUACCUCAUUUGCUGCCGUCUAGAGAAUGGAAAAACGAACGUCAGCCUAGCAAAAGAAUUAGAGGUGAGUCACUCUACAAUAUCAUCCAUUUGGAAAAAAAGAGAUGAGAUAAAAGACAUUGUUCAAAAAGGGGAUUCAUUAAAAAAAAAGAAACUCCGUAAUUCCACUAACGAGAAUGUGGAUCAGUUACUUUUGAAAUGGUUCAAAAUCCAACGCAGUCGUAAUAUUCCGAUCUCUGGCCCAAUUCUGCUAGCAAAAGCGAAUGAUUUUUUAAAAUCUAUCCCCCGUAGUUCCAGGGAAUCGGAAGAAAUUAUUUCCAGAAGUUGGGUCCAACGGUUUUGCGUUAGGCAUGCCAUUGUUUUUAAAAAACUUAGUGGGGAAGCCGCGGGAGUCCCAUCGGCAACAUCUGAUGAUUGGCUAUCCAAAGUUUGGCCUACUAUUCGAGAAGGCUACAGUGAUAGUGACGUAUUCAACGCUGAUGAGACAGGUUUAUUUUAUAAACUUACGCCUGACCGUACCCUUCACUUCAAAGGAGAAAAAUGUUCAAACGGGAAACUUUCGAAAGAAAGGAUAACUGUUUUAGUUGCUGCAAACAUGAGUGGAUCAGAAAAACGUAAGCUUUUCGUGAUAGGAAAGUCUAAGAACCCGCGUUGCUUCAAAAAUGUAAAAAAUUUGCCAGUCGAUUAUUACAAUAACCAGAAAGCCUGGAUGACAACCGAUCUGUUCAAUAAAUUCCUUUUAGACUGGGACAAGGAAUUGAGGAAAAAGCGCAGAAAGAUUUUGCUACUCAUCGAUAAUUGCCCUUCUCAUAUUAAUUUGAGAGAUUUUGAAUUUAUAAAGGUUGUAUUUUUACCACCUAACACAACGUCCGUUCUCCAGCCAAUGGACCAAGGGAUAAUACAGAAGAUUAAAACCAAUUUCAGAAAGCAGCUUGUUUUACGGUUUCUUCAAGAUGUGGAGGAAAAUCGGGAAACAAAAAUUAGCAUCCUUGAUGCUAUUAUAAUGGUCCACCAAGCUUGGGAAGAUGUACCUGCGACAACAAUCACAAAUUGUUUCAAACAUUCUGGUGUGCUGGGAAAUCAAAAUGAGGAACAACCGUCAGAACCAGCCGAAACUAACGCACUGGAUGAACCUGAGUUUUUGCCGUGGUCCGAAUCCUUAGAACUGCCAACCUUAAUAAAUAAAGAUGUCUUAGCAGACUAUGCAAAAAUUGACGAGGGUCUCCACACGGAACAAGAUAUUAGUGAUGAGGACCUUAUCAAUGAACUUGACGCCGAUAUUGAAACCGACAAUGGAGAAGAGGAUGAAGAAGAACAACUUGACAUCCCACCGUUAACCGACGCAUUGAGGGCGGCACAACUUUUGAAGAAAUUUUUAGCAAUGCCAAAAAGACGUAAAGGGGCCAAUUUGAGUCGUAGAACAACCAAUUCAACAGUCAUGCGAGAUAUACGAGCACGAAGGUCUUGCGAACAAAUCCAACAAAAUAAUACAGAUGUGCGUGCAAGCAUGGCGCAGUUACGUGAAUCACUAUCGCAAGAGGCGCGAGAUGAACGAAAUCAACAAAGACAAUUAGAACGAAGAGAAACGCGCAGAUUCAUAGUAAACAGACAUAGAGGCAUUGACCAACAACGCCAACAAGUUCUUCGAGCAUUUACAUCAGAUUCGUCAUUCAUAAGUGGCUGGCAGAAAGAGCGAUUUUGGCAAGUAAAAAUGUGGACGUCAAUGGAUUAA